CUCUUGUCUUGCUGGGAAUGAUCGGCUGGGUAGUACUUGUAUUCCACCAUCCCACCGAACUUAUAAACUCCGCCUCAGUUCCAUGGAAGCAUUGCGGGAAUUCGCCUGUGGAAGCCCUACAAAACGACUGCGUCUAUGAUUUCAUAGCCGGCGCCUUCGUUCCCAACGCCUGUUUCGAUGCCGAACUCGAAGACGAGUUUUUGAAACUGAAGGAUUGGCACUUUUACGGGGAUGAAAACGCACAGCAGGAGCUUUCUAUCGAGAGUAUUAAAUCAAAUGGGGGUACUGAGCCUAUGUUUGUUUCUGUGGAGUAUCACUGGAUACAUUGCACGUAUACAUGGAGGAAGCUGCAUCGGUCGCGGGUUUUCGGGACACCGAUCGAUGAUCAUAUUGGGAAUUACUCACAUACGGCACAUUGCGGGGAGGGGCUUGUUUCGCAGUGUGAUGUGAAUGAUACGAGACCUAUUAUUGCCUUUUUGCAUCACUACACAUCUUGUUUGGCGUAGGGUCAGGGGAGUAUUGGUUUACGUGUUGGGAUCCUGGACGAAGAGAAGAGAUGGCUAACCUUGGAUUUCACUUGGAUUCCACCAGCGAUAAUUGAAGGGAGAAGCAUCCCAGAGGCUGCGAGCUUGGGUACAGCUGGUGUUUCCAUACUUAGAAAUGGGCAUCUUUCCGGCUUUG